CAGAUCUGUGUUAUUCUGCUGAGCCUCCUACUUGUGUAUGACGUCUUCUUCGUUUUCAUUACUCCUUUCUUCACCAAGAAUGGUGUUAGCAUCAUGGUGCAGGUUGCACUGGGCCCAGAUGCAUCUGGGGAGAAGACGCAAGGUAACAUGGUGGAGGUCCCAGCUGAACCCCAGGCUCCCUCUGAGAAACUCCCAGUGGUGAUGCGUGUCCCACGGUUCUCAGCCUGGGCUCAGAACUUGUGUGGGAUGCAGUUCUCCAUCCUGGGUUACGGAGACAUCAUUGUUCCAGGUCUGCUGGUGGCCUACUGCAGCAGGUUUGAUGUGUGGAUCAACAGCACUAAGAAGAUCUACUUUGUCAGCUGCUGCAUAGCCUAUCUGCUCGGAAUGAUCCUGACCUUUGUCGUCAUGCUGCUGUCAGGGAUGGGUCAGCCUGCCCUCCUCUACCUGGUGCCCUUCACCCUGAUCACCUCCGCCGUGGUGGCUGGGUGCCGGGGAGAGAUGAAGCACUUCUGGGCAGGAACCACUUAUGAGGUCUUGGACUCCAGGGAACCAUUGUUGCCAGAGGUAAGAACUAACAGCUCCGUAGGUGGAGAAAGAUGCUGACUCACAGUGAAGAGUGUGGACCCAACUGCUGGAUGCUUUUUAAAAGAUAUAUUUUUUAAUAUUACAUUUGCAAAGUGAGGGAACAGAUCAACACUUUCGUAAAACAUUGCAGGUUCCUUCUGACUGCUGUGAAUUGUUAGUAAAUUAAAUAAAAUUGUAAGUUGAACAGAGAUGUUAAGUGGUGAAGAGGUGUUGUUUAGUGCCUGAAAUGUAUGUCAGCUUCACUUUCGGAAAACUGUAAUGCCUUUGCCUUGAUGAUGUUGAUGAUUGCAAACAACAAAAUCAGAAAGCACUUUAUAAUGUGUAGCUUGGCGGUUGGUUCAUUGUGGACAGGGUGGGGAUAGGGGUUUCAAUUACUUGUAGCGGCCUAAUGACACAUUUUGAUAACUGUUUUGAGGUUUCUGUGUUUGUAUUAUGUGAUUUCUUCCAUUGCCUUAUAUAUUAAAAUCAACAAUUUAAACCUAA